AUGCGCAUAACAUGUUUACAGUUAACCAAGCUGUAACAACGUAAAUCGUCCACUGGGGGCAACAGCACAAGGAUGUCUAGACAACCAGCUUAGCUCAGCUGUUCAGUUGCUGAGGCAGGGAGAAUUCCUUAUCAGGGCCAAAGUAUCGCUGGAGGAAGAAGGCGGUGCUGUUGGGGAGGAUGCUCAGAGAUGCUCGGGGUACCUCACCAUGAAAACAGUGACCAUAUUUAGUUUAUUCUGAAAACAAAAAAAUAAGAUUGAAUCUUCUGGGACUUAUUGUAACAGGCAUUCGCCGAGACUAGGGCCAAGAAGAAGCUGUCUUUGUUUGGUUCGGCUAAUGCUAGCAAGAUAGACAGCUGUUUGUUGUCUUUUCUUCCGGAGACGUCAUUUCUCAUUCUUGUGAGGAGCGCCUAGGGACGGAUAGAUAGUGCGCGCACUAACCGCGGUUUGUACAUUUGAUCAAUUCUUCUGUUAUUUCACAUUACUAUAUUGGCUACACUUGUUAAACGACACAAAGAGGUAAACAACCUCUGGUUUGGCAUUAGGUGAUGAUGAUGACGAGGGGCCUAUGUUUCCGAACAAAAACUUCAUUUAGAUGAGUCACAUUCUCGGAUUCUUGGGGUCGGAAUCGGGCCAAAAUCCAACAUACGGUGUUGAGAGGUUGUUUGUUACAAGUACAUUCCUUAGAGGUAUAUUAAAUGCGUUUUAGAAUUCAUAUUAUCACCCGUGUAUGUGUUGUGACACGAUUAUAGGCCUACCGUUGGUAUAAUUAGCCCAGUAGAUGCUUUUAUCGCUCCUUGUGUUCAUCAGCAAGCUGUUCCACUAUUUAUCAAUGUUCAGCUCCGACAGACUCACGGUGCCUGAAUAUGUCAGUCGCCUUCAAACGCGCAAAACCGCCGCCGACCCCAGGGCUGUGUCGCCGGGCAUUAACGCUGACGUCCAGGCAGUGCUGGAUGCCUCUCUGCCAGCACUGCGGUUAGCAGUGAAAACCUUAAAAUCAGCCAAGGACACUGGCGCUUUGGACGACACCCGCCAGGCAAUAGCUGAGAUUUAUCAGCUGGUGGAAGAAGCCUGGAUCUUGCCAGCUUUGGGACGGCAGGUGGCCGAGGAGAUAUGCAACAGGAUACGGCUGGAUGGGGGGCUGGACCUGCUCUUGCAGCAUCUGCAGACACCCGCGGUGGAGAUCACCUAUGAGACAGCCAAGUUGUUGGAGCAGAUCCUGGUAGCAGAAAACAGAGACUAUGUGGCGCGCAUGGGCCUGGGCGUGAUCCUGAACCUGGCCCGCUCCCAGGAGGACGCGCAGCUGGCGCGCAGCGUGUCGGGCAUCCUGGAGCACAUGUUCAAGCACACGGAGGAGACGUCCACGCAGCUCAUCGCCAAUGGCGCGCUGGACGCGCUGCUCUUCUGGUGCCGCGGCACCGACCCCACCGUGCUGCGCCACUGUGCCGUGGCGCUGGCCAACUGCGCCAUGUAUGGCGGGCACCGCUGCCAGCGGCUGAUGAUCGAGAAGCAGGCGGCCGAGUGGCUGUUCCCCCUGGCCUUCUCCAAGGAGGACGAGCUCAUCCGCUUCUACGCCUGCCUGGCCGUGGCCGUGCUCGCCGCCAACAAGGAGAUCGAGAAGGAGGUGGUGAAGUCGGGCACUCUGGAGCUGGUGGAGCCCUUCAUCGCCUCCCUGGACCCGGAUGAGUUCGCCCGCAGCCUCCUGGACAGCAGCGACAGCAUGCAGGGACGCACGGCGGCCGACCUGCAGCACCUGCUGCCCCUGCUGGACGGCACGCGCCUGGAGGGCAAGUGCAUCGCCGCCUUCUACCUGUGCGUGGAGACCAGCAUCAAGUCACGCCAGCGCAACACCAAGAUUUUCCAGGAGAUCGGUGCGGUGCAGAGCCUGAAGAGGAUCGUCAUGUACUCCAGCAACGCCACGGCCUGCUCGCUUGCCCGCCGCGCGCUCGGCAUGAUGGGAGAGGAAGUUCCGCGCCGCAUCCUGUCCUCCGUGCCAAACUGGAAGAGCGGCGAGGUGCAGCGGUGGCUGCAGCAAGUUGGCUUCAGCGCCUACUCCGAACGCUUCCAGGAGCUGCAGGUUGAUGGAGACCUGCUGUUGAACAUCACUGAUGAGGACCUGAGAUGUGACCUGGGCAUGGCCUCUGGACUCACCAGGAAAAGAUUUCUGCGUGACCUGCGCGUGCUGAAGAUGUACGCCAACUACUCCACAUGCGACCCCGACAGCCUGGCCGACUGGCUGGCCGACGUGGACCCGCGCUUCCGCCAAUACACUUACGGCCUGGUGCAGUCGGGCGUGGACCGCAAGAGCGUCCGCCACGUGACGGACGAGCAGCUGAGGAGCGACUGCGGUGUGCAGAACGGCGUGCAUCGCGCCCGCAUAGUGGCGGCGCUGCGCAACCCCAAGAGGACCUGCCUGACCGACGCGCAGCCCUGCGGCCCCGACGUCUUCAUCAGCUAUCGCCGCACCACCGGCUCACAGCUGGCCAGCCUGUUGAAGGUGCAUCUGCAGCUGCGUGGCUACAGCGUGUUUAUCGAUGUGGAGAAGCUGGAGGCGGGCCGCUUUGAGGACAAGCUGAUACAGAGCGUGCAGCGCGCUCGCAACUUCAUCCUGGUGCUCUCGGCCAACGCCCUCGACAAGUGCAUGGGGGACCUCGCCAUGAAGGACUGGGUACACAAGGAGAUUGUCACUGCCCUCAGCGGGAAGAAAAACAUUGUUCCGGUCACGGAUAACUUCCUCUGGCCCGAUCCCAAAUCCCUACCAGAAGAUAUGAGCCCCGUCCUCAAAUUCAACGGAAUCAAAUGGUCCCAUGAGUACCAGGAGGCGACUAUCGAGAAGAUCCUGCGUUUCCUGGGCAAGCCGAGCCAGGACCAGCUGGACCGAGGGAAGGAGCCGGAGGCACCCAAGAAGGAGUAGCGUGGUCCCAAACAGGCCCCUUAGCCAGUCAGCCAUCACACGGCUCACCUGGGGCCUGGAUUUACCCAGCGAGGAUGGAUCAGUAUUCUUUGAUGUCCAAAGAGCCUUUAUAAAAUGUUUUUUUCAUUCAGUAGCAGUACAUGAGAAUCUGUCUCCUAGCAGCAGACAAGACGACAGCAGACAACAGGUGUUCCGUAUGUAUAUGACUCACUUCCUGUGCGUGUGCGUGUGUGUGUGUGUGUGUGUGUGUGUGUGUGUGUGUGUGUGUGUGUGUGUGUGUGUGUGUGUGUGUGUGUGAGUGUCUGAUGAGUGAGUGUGUACCUCAAUCACUGCAUUUACCUCUCUGCGGUGCGAGUUAGCAAAUCAAUAUGUAAUCUCAGUCCUAGAGGUUUCACUUUUGGCUUUCUGCCUUUCAAAUGCCACGGCUUGAAGGUCAUGCCACCUCCCUCCAGCAUCACCUUAGGAGCUCAGGUGUCCUGUCUGUCCAGAUAAUAAAUUGCUCUCUGAUUGUUUUCUUUGCCUUGUGCUCACUGUCGCCCCCCUCAGGAAUACUCUACACAUGACAUGUAACCACGGACAUGGGGAGGACAGAGUUAGACCCGUAUCCUACCUGUAAUGUCAUUAUAAUAUAGCAUAGCACAGCAUAAUGUUAAAUUUGCUUUUCAAAAUGAUAUUCUACAAUCUCUUGAGUUUAAAUUAUGCUUGAAGAAGAGGAGAGGAGAACUGUUUUGUGCCUUGAUUGUAAUCCGCAUGUUUUUUUUAUUGUUUAGUUUGUCCCAUCCCAAUGAUGAAAAUUGUUAAUUGAAAAACAUAUUAUAUGCAUUAAAAUACUAUAUGCAUUAAGAUCAUGCUUUGGGUAAAAUAGGAAGGGUGUGUUUGAGAGGUAUUUCGAGAAGCAUGUGGCCUAGUUCCAGAACAAAUAGCUAUCAUGUAAUCACUGAUCAUCACGCACCUAACAGGCUUGUGGGUGUGAUGAAUAGAGAUGAAUUGUGUACUAUCAAACAUAGCAGUAAGAAUGACUAAGGCAGCCUGUUAUCACUGUGAAAAUACCUUGUGCUUGACACACCUUUUUGAAGCUAUUACCGUAUAUGACAGUCUACUAAUUCUCCAGUGCACCACCAAAUGCAAGAAAGGCAAGGCAAGGCAAGUUUAUUUAUAUAGCGCAUUUCAUACACAGGUGCAACUCAAUGUGCUUCACAAAGUUAACAAAUGUUAAAAAAGAACAUGCAGUAUUUUCAUAGAGAGGGAGAGCGAAGAUCCAUGCCACAUACUUUUGCAGUAAUGAUUCAUUGUAUAGUCAGAGUCAUAUGAGUGGAAUAAAUUCCAGGACAAAUAACGAAAACUGAGUUACCGGUACUUACGGCACAGACAAAAAAAUGCAUAUUGGCUUCACAUACCAGGAGAUAUCACAACAGUUUCCCUAGUUAUUCAGAAAAAUAAUGCACGUUAUGCAAGGUACGGCCUCUUUUCUGAAAAACUGAGUUGAACAUGUGGGUCGUCAGCACCCUCACCGUCGAAGUAUUUAAGAGUGAAGCCUGCUCCAAGCUUAACAAUUGACAAGUUUUUCCAAACAUUCCCAUGAUUUUAUUUGUGAUUGGCAAAUUGGGUUAGGUUCUGCUGCCUCAGUGUAAAAUUUUUGCAGUUCUUCUCUUGUCGAAUAUCAAGAUUAAAUGUGAAGAUAAUGGUUUGUGCAUACAGUUUAAUACCAUAUGAAGCUUGGACAUUCAAGGUCCUUACAUGGCUGUACAUUCCGAAGACAAUAAAACAAAUCAUCAAUUGUUUGUGAGUCCCAGUGUGAAAAGUGCAAA